GAUCACAAGGUAUAGUCUCCCACUCCUCCUCCUCUCUCGUGUCUCCUCUCCCAGUUUAUUCUUAAUUUUCUGAAUGUUGCGGUUUACUUGACUUCUCACCAGCAGAUCUGAUUUUAAUGAGGACGAGAGAGCUUCGCGGACUGUAUUAAACAACAUAUUUUUGCGUUGAUACUCAGCAAUCCUGUGCGUAACUGCAUCCAUACUAUCAUUAUUCCUUCUAUCAACACGGAUGUGCAGCUUCAAGGAGAGGAUAUGUAUCAGGGCAUAAUGACAACCAACCACGGACCCACGUCCUAUGAGGCCGGAUUUCUCCACAACGCCUCGGCGGGCACCUCUCCGGUUUAUGUGCCCACCACCCGGGUCGUCACCCCCAUGAUCCCGGCGCUGCCUUACCUCCAGACGCCCGGCGCGUCGCAGCAGAGCAGUCCCGUGUCGAGCCACUCUGCCUGGGCUCAGCCGGGCGCCGAGUCGGUGCCCUCGUACAACCACUCCCCGGUGUCUCCACGCUUCGCCUUCUCCACCAGCCCGCCUCUGUCCUCCGGGGUGGCCACGGCCCGGGAGACGGCAGCUUCUUACACCAGCCCGCUAAAUAUCUCUUCCAACGGGAGGGAGCACUACGGCGCCCGGAGCCUUAGCGGGUCGUAUCACAGCCACUACCCGGCCUACAUGAGCCCGAACGUGGGUGGAACGUGGCCGUCGUCCCCCUUUGAUAGCCCGGUCCUCCAUGGUCUCCAAACCGGCGCCCCUCCUGGCGCAACACGGCACCCAAACAUAGACCUGUUCGAUGACUUUGCUGAGGGGCGAGAGUGUGUGAACUGUGGGGCAAUGUCAACCCCUCUCUGGAGGCGGGAUGGUACUGGCCACUACCUGUGUAACGCCUGCGGACUGUACCACAAGAUGAACGGCAUCAACAGACCUCUUAUCAAACCUCAGAGACGGCUGUCUGCCUCAAGGAGAGUGGGCCUGUCCUGCACCAACUGUCACACCACCACCACCACCCUGUGGCGACGAAACGCAGAGGGAGAGCCGGUCUGCAACGCCUGUGGACUCUACAUGAAACUCCAUGGGGUACCACGACCCCUGGCUAUGAAAAAAGAGGGGAUCCAGACCCGCAAACGCAAACCCAAGAACCUCAACAAGCCCCAAACUGGGACCCCUGGCAGUGAGGGGACUCCAGUCACGCCAAGCAGCACUCCCCGUGCCUCCGCUGCCACAGAGGAGCCUCGCCAGAUAAAGACAGAGCCGGACACUCACAGCUUGUACUCACACCACAGCGCACACACACAGAUUUCAGCCCUGCCAGCCUACAUGGCAGCUCAAGGUGGGGCCAUUCCUCUCAAGAUGUCCCCUGGGGGCCACAGCGGGUCUUCUGGCUCCAAAGCUGAGCCCUGGAACAACCUAAUCCUGGCCUAGAAGACCUACGACCCAGCAUCUCAAACCAACCUAUCUAUACCAAUUAAAAUCUCCUGAGAGACAAGGGUCUCCAGACAGCAGACUGCCGCUCUGGAUGCAGAUGUUCCCACAGCCUACACACCGCACAGUGCCUUCAGUACGACACUCUGGGACAAAUAUGUGGGCGCCACAAAGGAAAUGGAGAUCCUAAACAGAUACUGUGUGUUCACUCACAGCAAUCGAGGACUGAAUGGCGUUUGUGUUAGACAAUCAUUAAAGAGCAGCACUGUGAUUAAAUACACACAACAACUCUUGAUAUGAAACAAGUGAAAAAAGGGAACGUUUUUGUGUCACUCUCACCUUUUCUACCAUGCCAGUGCAGGGGCAUUGAGCGCUUGACAAAUGUUGUAACAUAAACCAGUAACAAAUAACAGUAAUGGUCAGACUUUUUCUCCCUGAGUUAUUUUUUUAUCUUAAUAUAUUUGUCUUCAUUUUCAUAUUAUUAUGGACAUUUUGCCAUAAAAUGAUGGACUCACAAAACAUGUAGAGUCACAACAGCACACCUUAAUGUCAAAAGUAACACCAUACAGGAGCUGUAGCAAGUGCAACUAAAGGGUCAGUUCACAUUAAUAAGAAAAACAAACACUAUAUAUUUUCACACUCACACAAGUGGUAUUUACGUUACACCACAAUGCAGAAGAGGUGAAUGAAAUUUUGUUUGUGGUGCUAAAAGCAUUGAAAUGAUAUUUAAGCUAUGUCUCUUUACAGACCAAAAUAUGUGCUGGUUACAAAAUAAUCCGCAGACCUCGAUGUGGUCAGUUUUCAGUAUUUAGUAUGUUCGGUAGAUGAUUAAAACUGUUCAAAGGGGGUGAGGUCUGUGCAUUAUCCAGAGCAUCUAGUAAAGCCCUUUGCUAUUGAGUUUUUCAAAGGGUGUCAAUUGAUAGAGCACCACACACACACAAGCAGGCAUCUUAGUUAUAGUAGGGCGGCUCAGUCUCAGCAGCAAUAUCUCACAAUGUAAGCAAAUAAAACCAAAACUAUCUGCAAAGCAAAAUAGCAGUAGGGGUAAAUGGCAAAACUUAUAUAUGUGAUUUGUGAUCAGUGUGAACCGACCCUUUAAACGUUGCCCAAAAUUGGCAGUCACUGAUUACGGUCAGGUAUUAUUUGUGAUACCCAUGAGUGUAAUGCACACGUGUAAUUUCACAGUGCAUCGAAGUGAAAUCAGGAGCAUUUCUUAUUAACUUACUGUAACUGUAACACCAGUGAUAUGUAAACACGAUCUCCUACUCAAUAGGAACAGCUCCCUGGUGGCCUGUUGUGUCUGGAUCAAUUGCCUGAACUAUGUGCAUUUGUCCUUUUGAUUUAAACUGUACAUGUCAGCAUUGACACCGCUAUGAAAAAAUACAUGAUAAACUACCUAUGCUGCAAUUAAGUUGCACAUGAUGAAUGUGGGAUGGAAGUAAUGGCACAUAACUCCCUCUGCUGAUGCAAGUGCAGAUGUGCAUCCACAAGAAAACUUUUAUCUUCUUUAAAACUUAAGAGCCUUUCCAAAAAAAAAAAAAAAAUCCCUUCUAGUAUUUAUUAUUAUAGGCACAACCCCAAACCACACCAUCAUCUAAUUAUCAUCCAUUAGCUUAAGGCUGAAGGAUGUUCGAUAAACUUUAUGAAGAAGUGUUGUAUUAAUGUUGUACAGUUUAUUAUCAAUACUUAAUGCUUUAAUUUGCUUGUGACAAGCAUGGAGGCAACAUGUGUAAAUGUGGGAUAUCGCCACAUGUACCAUGUUACCAAAAUAACAAAUAUAUGAGCAUAUAUGUAAAAAAAAAAAAUCCACUCCAGUAUAAUUGUAAUACACCACUUGUGAUAUACUAUAAGUAAAGACACAGUGAGAGAUG